GACACUAUUCACUUCAAAAGAAUCAUCUAACCACACUCUCACAUUCCAAGUCAAACAUGAGUAAUGCUCAAAUAUCACUAAUCACAAACAAAUUUGACCAAAAUGAACCAGAAGUGGACUCAAGAAGAAAUCAUUAAGCUAGGAAAGCUACUCACACAGCAUCCAGUCAGUGUAGAAGGAAGGACGAAAUACACAAAAGAAUUUUUAGACCAUUUCCCAGGAAGAACACGUAGCGCAGUCGUAACUAGAAUUAAGUUAUGGAGAAGAGCUGUAAAAAAUGGGGCCUCCCCUAUUCCAGCCCCAAAGUCUAAGAUUGUUAAGGAAACACAACCUAACAAAGCCUUUGACGAAAAAUGAGCUACAUUAGUAGCUUGGAUGCUAGAACUAGCCCAGGAUAACCUUUUAGGGGCCAUGAAGGUCAUCAAGACAGAAGAUAGAUCCGUAGCUCAAAAGAAAUUAGACUUAGUUAAGCAUCAUCUAGCAGUGAAGGGACUAACUCCAAUAUUAGGUAAAAAGAAUGAGGUGUGCAGAUUUACAGCUCCAGAGAUAUACCCUCCAUCAGAGACAGAUGAUGAAAAAGAUAAGUCAAACAUGGAAAGCAAAACAGACCUCAACAAGAACAAAGGACUAUGCCAUGAGUUAGAUUCUAUUCUAGGAGAAGAAAACUUUAAAAAGGAACCUAUCCAAGAAGAUAUGAAUGAAUCUGUGAUAUCACUCAGCAAAUUCUUGGUGUCGAUGAAAGCUAGUAAAAAGGUUUGAAUGUGGAAGUCCAGUGAUGAUAUCGCUCUUAUAAAUGCAUUCUCCUCUUGCGGACCUUUAUGGACAGUAAUCAGUAAGAAAUUCCCUGAAGAACUAAGGUGUUCUAUUAAAGAAAGAUUCAAAUUCCUUCUAAAAUGGGCUAUAAAACGCUAUCAGAAAAGAGAAAUUCCAAAUCUGAGCAAAAUUGACUCAGAGAUAGAUCACCUAAAGAGUAGCUUAAAGGAGCUUAACUGCAAGAACAAGAGUCUGGAAGACCUACUUAAGUACUUCCCUGUUCUAAAAUUCCUACUCGCCCCUCACAAAUCGCCUACCGUACUCUCUACAGCCACUUCAAACCCUACAUCCCUAAAUUCAGACAAUUCUGAUGACGAUGAAGAUUGAAACUCCAAAUCCAAGCACCAAAAACUUUUGAACCUCUUCAAAUCUCAAAAUCCUUCUUCUCCAAAGCCUGCUUCUGUUUCAGUGCCAUGUGAGCUUAGUGCCCAAGACGACCAAGCGAAGCCAUCUGGUUCAGAGAAAGCUUCUUAAAUAAUUACGUUUUUACUGUAAGCUGCAAAAGAUUGUUCCAA